AUGGAAGAAUCUGGCCAAAAGGUAGGAUUUAAAAUAACAUUAACGUCGGAUCCAAAACUGCCAUUCAAAAUACUCAAAGUACCAGAAGCAGCUCCAUUUACAGCGGUUUUAAAAUUUGCAGCUGAAGAAUUCAAUGUAUCUAGUGAAACGUCCGCUAUCAUCACAGAUGAUGGAAUAGGAAUCAAUCCUCAACAGACAGCAGGUGUUGUAUUUCUCAAACAUGGUGCAGAUCUUCGACUCAUACCAAGGGACAGAGUUGGAUCUAUCAAAUGUUCAUAA